AUGACCGCACCUAUAACGACCUAUGCCACUUAUGCUCCAACCAACCAACAACCUUUCCAACUGCAACAAUUUUCCUUAAAAGAAUCAACAAUGAGUAAUAUUGAUUAUCCUCAAUUGUUAGAUAAUUAUAAAAUUGUCUAUGCCAUGCCCAAUCUCAUUUCUUACCAUGAUGUCAGAUUGUCACAAUAUUUUUAUCUUUUUAUACAUUCAUUUACUCUGCCUCCUCAUCCAAACCACCAAGCAUCAACAUUACACCAAGACCAGCAUGUUUUUGCAUACAUCCGAUGGUAUAAUUUGACAAAUGACAAUGAACACAGAGAUGAAGGUAUUGCAAUCUGCUUGCCAGAAUUCUCUGCUGAUAAUUAUUACAGCAUCUUGCCUGUACAUCGCAUACACUUAGAGGUUGCAACUGUUGUAGAUGUAACUGAUAUGAACGAAGAAAGAAUGCUGGUCAUUCCUAUGCCAAAAAAAUACUGUGCCUGA